UACAAAUUUUUUAUGCAAUGAAAGUAUGUGCAAAAAUAAAUAGGAGCAUUAUUCAAUAUGUGACAAAAACGAAAGAGAUUUUAAAUGUAAAAUUUCAAGCUAUCAGCGUAAUAUUUAUCUAAUCCAAAAGUUCCGUAACUUGUACAUACCAAAAAGUGUUGGACACACAAAAUUAACAGAAAAUUUUUAAAGAACAUUGCUGUAUUCCUGUUUGCAUCUGAAUUCAGGAACUUAAGAAUAUCAGAAAAGUUUCUAUACAUAUACGAGAUAUACGUAUAUACGUGAUUAGAUUUUCUGCUGAAUGGUGAAAAAAAACAAUAUUUAUGUAAGUUCUGUAUGUAUAAAAAAAUACAAGAAGGAUAGCGUGAUUGUGUUAGUGACAUUUGCGUUAUCGACAUUUUUCGAAUCCAGCAUCCCCUUAAACAAGUGAUAGUAUUUUAAUAUGUUACUUACAAUAUUUAUAUUUUUAAAGUAGCAAUUAAUAUAACGUGUUUUAUAAUGUUAUCUUUAUUGCACUUGUUAUUGCAAAAUUCUUAAUAUCCUGUUUUAUAUAAACCUCUUUUUGUUUUACAAAAUUUCAUAGCUUAUCUAUCAAAGUAUAUAUUUUCCUGAAAUUCCUGAUACACAAUUGUAAUGUGUGUAAGGAUAUUAAUAUGAAUGAUAUAUGAGAGCAUAUUAUAUUGUAAAUGUAGUAAAUUACACUAGAAUACUCUGAAAAUAAAUAAAAAGGAAAUGUAAAUAUCGUUGAAAAGACGAGAAAUUGUAGAUGCAGAAUAAAUGAUAAUCUGCAAAAUGGUUUGGUGCUCUUAUUUACAGAAACGCGUGUGUUUGUUUCAAGCGAGAAUAUUAUACGUCUAAAGACGUAUCGUUAUUAUUAAUACUUCAUACUGAACUUAGCCGAAGAUUUUCUACUCGAUAUUUCCAUGUAUUCAUAAUCACGCGACGAAAAUAUGAUAUGCGAGUAUUACUUAUAUUAAUAUUAAUAUAUAGUAUUGUCUUCGAUUGUGCGAUUUAUGAGGUUGCAAGAUCUCCGAAAUCCUGUAUAGUUGGAGUAUUUGCAAAUAGUAGGCCAAAAAAUUAUAUAAUUGUAUCAGCAACUGAUCUGGCCAAUGAGUCCCAAAGGUAAAAUCGUUAGGUUAUAUGUUUCUGAAUUUUAUUCAUUAUGACAUACGUAAAAUAUUAUUGUAACGUGUACGUUUUUUCAUGACGCGAUAUAAACGUUAAUUCUAACAGUAGGCAAAGCAGACAAAAUUGUCGAAGUUUGUUUAUUUAUUGCUAUUUAUGAAAAAAUUUGUUAGUCCGUUACAAUAACAUUUUGAUGAGAACGUAAAUCAAAUCGAUACUUGUCGACGCGAUCUAUGCAUUAAUCCAAUGUAUUUUAAUAGUAACGAAAGAAGUAAUUAUUCGGACAUUCACUUGCUGCCAUGUUACUGUUCUAUUCAACGAUUUGUGACGAACAAAUUACAGGUAAUAAAAGAGAAAUUGACGCCGCAACAAUGUUGUUGUAAAAAUGCAAGGAGGAAUUUACACCCGCGCUUUCGCACGAGCAUCGAUACGAUUUAUCGGCGAAAGUUGCUCAGUCACAAGCACAAACGUCCUAUGAGACGACGUAAAUCUAACAGUAUGCAUCGAAAAACCAUCGCAGCGGAAUUAAAGGAGAGAAGACGCAAUGUUGCCGCAGCAAAAAAAACGGCAUCGAUGAGCGAUAAAAAUACAAAUCUUAGUACAUGGGACGAUUGGAAUAAUUGGAGUGCAUGCAGCGUGACUUGCGGGCAAGGACGCCAAGUCCGUUGGCGACAUUGCUUGUCUGAAAAUUGCAGUGAAGGUCUCAAGAAAGCGCAGAUGAGAAGCUGCCGUAUUAAAGAUUGCGAAACGAAAGGUCUCCUCGGCUGGCUCGGAAUCAAAUCAUGACCGGCGAUAUUUACCAGCGCGAUUCGUAAACGCAUCUUCAAUUAUGUCUCCACUUACAAAUUUCAGGCUUAUACUUCGGCAUUGUUGUACUAAAUCAAAGCGGAAUUGGUGUUUUAAAUUCUUAAGUGUCUUAUUUGCAAAGCAGAAUUAAGAUAUGCGUAUUGUUAUACUUAAUAUACAUUUAAUUUACAUUUGAGAAUAUUAAAUAUUAUGAAUGAAAUAUUAUAAAUGAAGUAUUAUUAUAA